AUGAAGGAACCGCGGGACCCUGCGGACCCAACCCAGCAGCAUCCCGAGCAGGCUCGGGCGUGCCGCGGGAGGGGAACUACAGAUUGGGCUCCUCGGAGCCACUUGUCCCCGGAAACCAAGCUCUCCCCAGGUUCCUCUCUGAAUGACCACACAGGGUCAUACACCUUUUUUUGGCCGGGGGGGGGGGCGGCGUCGCAACAGCGGCGGGGGGGGGCAGGGGACAGACCAGACACAGAUGAACUGACCGGCAGAAGGGACGACACCUCACUGCAAGGCACGGCGACUACCGCCGCGGCCACAAAAGAAGCAGGAGGAGGAGGAGGUGUGGCAAUGGGAGCGGUGCUCCCGCAGCUCAUUGACGCCGCUGCCUCCGCCUCCAACCUGGCUUUCUUGGCGGCCACGGAGGCCGCCGCCGCACCAUGAAGAUGUUUGUUACCCACUAGAAAACAUCAGAAUAAGCCCUUGAUUGUCCUCCAAGGAUGAUACCCCCAUGC